GCAGCUCUCUGGGAAAUGGAGGUACAAUGUCACAGACGUGCUAAGCAGAAAACAGAAGCAGAUGAUUUCCAAAGAAACUGGCUGUUCCUAUCAGACUCAUCCCAUUAAAUGCCCAGAGAGUGACAAGUACAGGAGCAUUUCUGGAGAGUGCAACAACAGGAGGGUUUCUCACCUGGGGUCCUCAAACCGUGCCUUUGCUCGCUGGCUGCCAGGACUGUAUGAAGAUGGAUUUUCUGUUCCUAGGGGAGCAACUGAAGGAAAGAUGUUCAAUGGAUUUCCACUCCCACUGGUUCGAAAGGUGUCAAAUGAAAUCGCUCUCACAGCUGAUGAGAAAAUCACCCAUGACCAGGACCUGUCCCUUGCCUUCAUGCACUGGGGACAGUGGGUGACCCACGACAUAGAAUUCACCCCAGUCAGUGGGGCAGGGAUGAACCCCAGUCCUCAGUGCACAAGCAGCUGUGCCUUCAAGCCCCCUUGCUUCCCAAUCAAGUUUCCCACUGAUGACCCACGGAAGUCACAGUCCUGCAUGCCCUUCAUCCAGUCAGCAUCAGUGUGUAACACCAGGACCUUCACCCGGGAGCAGCUCAACGCUGUCAGCUCCUUCCUUGAUGCCAGCACCGUCUACGGCAGCGAGGAGGCGGUGGCCAAGAGCAUCAGGAAUCAGACAAACCAGCUGGGGCUCCUGGCUGUCAACCAGAACUUCACGGAUGCAGGGCUGGAGUUACUGCCCUUUGACAACAGCGCCAGAAGCAUUUGUAUUCUCUCCAACAAAAGCAUGAACAUUCCCUGUUUUAAAGCAGGGGACAGGCGGGUGAGUGAGAACCUGGGGCUCUCUGCUCUGCACACUGUGUUCCUCCGACAGCACAACCGCCUGGUUAAACAGCUGAAGAAAUUAAAUCCUCACUGGGAUGGAGAAAAGCUUUACCAGGAGAGCCGAAAGAUUAUAGGUGCCAUAGUUCAGAUAAUCACCUACAGAGAUUACCUCCCACUUCUGCUGGGGGAGGAGACCAGCAAGUGGAUCCCUCCCUACAGGGGCUACAAAAAGAAGUUGGAUCCUAGAAUCUCCAAUGUUUUUGCCUUGGCCUUCCGAUUUGGUCAUACAACAAUACAGCCUUUUCUAUCCCGUUUAGAUGACAAUUAUCAGCCUUUGGGUUCCUUUGGCCACAUCCCUCUUCGUUUCAGCCUUUCUGCCCCAUGGAGGAUUUUAACAGAAGGUGGCAUUGACCCUCUGAUACGAGGCAUGGUGCUGAGCCAUGCAAAAGUGAUGAAGCAGAACCAGCUGCUCCCUGAGGAGCUCCAGAACCACCUUUUUGAACAGACACAGGUCAUGGGUCUGGACCUAGCAGCCCUGAACUUGCAACGAGGAAGAGACCAUGGCCUUCCAGGUUACAUUGCCUGGAGGCAGUUCUGUGGGCUCUCCCAGCCUCAGAACCUGAAGGAAUUCUCUAAGGUGUUAGGAAAUUACAAACAAGCCAAGAAGUUCAUGAAGUUGUAUGGGACAACAGAGAAUAUUGACCUCUGGAUUGGGGCAAUUUCAGAGCCUGCUGUUCCCCAGGGCAGGGUUGGACCCCUCCUGGCCUGCAUCAUUGGCACCCAGUUCAGGAAACUGCGUGAUGGGGACAGAUUCUGGUGGGAGAGACGCGGAACUUUCACCCCGCAGCAGUUGCGAGCACUGAGAAAAAUCUCUCUGUCGAGGCUGAUCUGUGACAACACUCGCAUCAAAAAGAUACCCAGGGAUGUCUUCAAGGCCAACAGUUAUCCUGAGGACUUCCUUGACUGCAAAGAGAUUGACAGACUCAACCUCUCACCCUGGGAAGAGGAGCCCUAAAGUGGCACAAAAGUUUCUUAUCCUGCUUAUCAAACCAGCCCUGGAAAGUCCUAAGGCUGUCCCUGAGCUGCACUUGGGAAAUCUCUUCCUGUGCAUCACACUCAGCUCUCUGCUGCUGACUGAACCUUGGCACAUGAUUCCCCAGGGAGGACCUCAAGACCAUGACAACUCUUUUAUUUGCUGCACUGUGAUCUUUACACCGUUUAUAUGUAAAAGCUUCCAGUAAUGUAAGUUUUCAGAUGGAAGGGUGAUGAUCUUUU